UUAUUUCUCGGCUCACACUCCGAUUGAGCCCGACGCUCUCUCUCUCUCUCUCUCCUCUUCCUCUUCCUCUUCUUCGUCAUCGUCUCCGUAGUAGAUUGCAGAAAUUCAGAUCUGAACUCUCAGACGAAGCUCCGAUCUUACUGAGCCAUUUUUACUCUAAUUGACUUUCGUGUUUGGAGCUUCCUCAGAGAUUCUUUUACUGGAUAGAUCAUCAAUGGCGAAAUCCCGUCAAUAUUAUCCAUCUCAAGAUGAAUCAAUGUCCCCGACUUCUGUGAGAUCGAGGGAAUGGGAAGGUCCUUCCAGAUGGACUGAGUACUUGGGACCUGAAAUGGCUGCAUCUGUUUCUUCUAGGAGCUCAAAGCAAAUUGAUGGAAAUCUUCAGAGUUCUGGUGGUUCCACAAAGGCUUUGAACAUACAAUGGGUAGUUCAAAUGAUUGAGGUUGCAGAGGGUCUCAUGGCUAAAAUGUAUAGACUGAAUCAAAUCUUGGAGUACCCUGAUCCUGUUGGCCAUGUUUUCUCUGAAGCAUUUUGGAAAGCGGGUGUCUUCCCUAACCAUCCACGGAUAUGCACUUUGCUCUCUAAAAAGUUCCCUGAGCAUUUCAGCAAAUUGCAACUUGAACGUAUUGACAAGUUUUCACUGGAUAGCUUGCACGAUGGUGCUGAACUUCACUUACAGAGCUUAGAGCCAUGGAUACAGCUGCUGCUCGACUUGAUGGCAUUUCGAGAACAGGCACUGCGGCUUAUAUUGGACCUAAGCAGCACUGUAAUUACCUUGCUGCCUCAUCAGAACUCACUUAUUCUGCAUGCAUUCAUGGAUCUCUUUUGUGCAUUUGUCCGAGUCAAUCUUUUCGCAGAGAAGAUUCCUAGGAAAAUGUUGCUGCAAGUGUACAACCUUCUGCAUGCGCUAUCAAGAAAUGAUCGAGACUGUGACUUUUAUCACCGCUUGGUGCAAUUCAUAGACUCUUAUGAUCCCCCAUUAAAAGGCUUGCAAGAAGAUUUGAAUUUUGUCAGCCCAAGGAUUGGAGAGGUCCUGGAGGCUGUAGGACCCAGUAUUUUUCUAUCUGCAGAUACGAGGAAGUUGAGAAAUGAGGGAUUUUUAAGCCCAUAUCAUCCUAGAUUCCCAGAUAUACUUACAAAUUCUGCUCAUCCCAUGAGAGCGCAAGAUCUUGCGAAUGUUACUUCGUACCGAGAAUGGGUGCUUCUUGGAUAUCUCGUUUGCCCGGACGAGCUUCUGCGUGUUACUAGCAUUGAUAUCGCCCUGGUUGUGCUAAAGGAAAACUUAGUCGUGACGUUAUUCCGGGAUGAGGUGAGUUCAUAUCAAAUUGUCAACGACAAAGAGUUUUGUAUUGGAAUUUGUUUUGCAUCAGCUGACUCUAUUAACUUGGCCAUGCAGUACAUUCUGUUGCACGAAGACUACCAGUUGUAUGUUUUACCCCGUGUGUUAGAAUCAAAGAAGAUGGCAAAGUCUGGUCGGACUAAACAAAAGGAAGCUGAUCUAGAAUAUAGUGUAGCAAAACAAGUUGAGAAGAUGAUCAGUGAGGUGCAUGAGCAAGCAUUGCAAUUAUGUGAUACCAUACACCGAGAAAGGAGAAUAUUGCUGAAGCAGGAAAUAGGGCGGAUGGUUUUAUUUUUCACUGAUCAACCAAGUUUGCUGGCUCCAAACAUUCAGAUGGUAUUCUCUGCAUUGGCUUUGGCCCAGUCUGAGGUUCUCUGGUAUUUUCAACAUGCUGGUAUUGCAUCCUCAAGAUCCAAAGCUGCUCGAGUGAUACCAGUUGACAUAGAUCCAAAUGAUCCUACCAUUGGCUUCCUGCUCGAUGGAAUGGACCGUCUCUGCUGUUUAGUGCGCAAGUAUAUCUCAGCUGCUCGAGGUUAUGCACUAUCAUACCUUUCUUCAUCUGCUGGAAGGAUUCGUUACUUGAUGGGUACUCCUGGAAUUGUGGCUCUGGACCUUGAUCCUACCUUGAAAGGCCUUUUUCAGCGUAUUGUGCAACAUCUCGAAAAUAUACCCAAAGCGCAGGGAGAAAAUGUUUCUGCAAUCACAUGUGACCUAUCUGAUUUCCGGAAAGAUUGGUUGUCCAUUUUAAUGAUUGUCACUUCUUCUCGAUCAUCGAUAAACAUCAGGCAUCUGGAAAAAGCCACUGUCUCUACUGGGAAGGAGGGCUUGCUAUCGGAAGGAAAUGCUGCAUAUAACUGGUCCAGAUGUGUUGAUGAGUUAGAGUCUCAAUUAUCAAAGCAUGGAAGUCUGAAGAAAUUAUAUUUCUAUCAUCAACACCUCACAACUGUUUUCAGAAAUACAAUGUUUGGACCAGAAGGACGUCCUCAGCAUUGUUGUGCAUGGCUCAGUGUGGCUAGUAGUUUCCCGGAAUGUGCUUCACUAAUACUUCCUGAGGAGGUUACCAAAUUCGGGCGAGAUGCAGUGCUUUACGUCGAGUCUCUUAUUGAAUCAAUAAUGGGGGGACUGGAGGGCCUGAUAAAUAUUCUUGAUUCAGAAGGCGGGUUUGGCGCUCUAGAAUCUCAGCUUCUUCCCGAACAAGCUGCAGCGUAUCUGAAUAAUGCAUCAAGAAUUUCUGCCUCUUCAAUGAAAUCCCCCAGGGUUGUAGGCGGGUUUACUUUGCCGGGCCAUGAGAGCUAUCCUGAGAAUAAUAAGUCUAUUAAGAUGUUGGAAGCUGCAAUCCAAAGGUUGACUAAUUUGUGUUCAAUUCUGAACGACAUGGAGCCUAUCUGUGUUAUAAACCACGUAUUUGUGCUAAGAGAGUAUAUGAGAGAAUGCAUCCUUGGGAACUUCAAAAGAAGAUUUCUUACUGCACUACAAACCGAUAAUGAUCUUCAGCGGCCUUCUGUCUUGGAAUCUCUUAUCCGGCGGCAUAUGAGCAUAGUUCACUUGGCAGAGCAGCACGUUAGCAUGGACCUAACCCAAGGCAUCAGAGAAAUUUUACUCACAGAAGCCUUUUCAGGGCCUGUGUCGUCUUUGCAUACAUUCGAAAAGCCUGGUGAACAACAGCUAAACACUGGAUCUGCAGUUGAAGUUGUGUGCAACUGGUACAUGGACAAUAUCAUCAAGGAUGUGUCUGGCGCAGGAAUCCUCUUUGCUCCGAGGCACAAAUACUUCAAAAGCACUAGACCAGUUGGAGGGUAUUUUGCAGAGUCAGUCACCGACCUCAAGGAAUUACAGGCGUUUGUUCGUAUCUUCGGCGGCUAUGGAGUAGACCGGCUGGAUAGGAUGAUGAAAGUACAUACAGCUGCCCUGGUAAACUGCAUAGAAACAUCUCUGAGAUCAAACCGGGAAUUGAUUGAGGCAGCUGCUGCAAGUAUGCAUUCUGGUGACAGAGUAGAGAGAGACGCAUCUAUUAGGCAGAUAGUGGAUUUGGAUACCGUAAUAGGAUUUUGUAUUGAAGCUGGUCAAGCGUUGGCUUUUGAUGAGCUCCUCGCCGAAGCCUCUGGUGCUGUUCUUGAAGACAAUGCAUCCUUGAUACACUCGAUGAUAUCUGGCAUCGUUGAGCACAUACCUGAAGAAAUACCUGAAAAGAAAGAAAUCAGAAGGAUCAAAGGCGUGGCAAAUGGCGUUGGCGUAGCAGGAGAUCACGACUCUGAAUGGGUUAGAUUAAUCCUCGAAGAAGUAGGAGGUGCAAAUGACAUCUCAUGGAGUUUGCUACCUUACUUUUUUGCCUCUUUCAUGACCUCAAACGCGUGGAACACUACUGGCUUCAACAUCGAGACUGGCGGAUUCAGCAAUAACAUCCAUUGCUUGGCUCGGUGUAUUAGCGCUGUCAUUGCAGGAAGUGAGUACGUUAAGUUACAGCGUGAAUACCAGCAGCAGCAUCAGUCCCUCUCCAAUGGUCAUCACUCUAGUGAAAAUCUAGACUCAGAGUUUCAACCCCGUGUAACUGCUGAAGCAAGCAUCAAAUCCGCAAUGUUACUCUUUGUAAAAUUCGCUGCAUCGAUCGUGCUAGAUUCAUGGAGUGAAGCCAACAGAUCUCAUCUUGUGGCUAAGCUUAUCUUCCUGGACCAACUCUGUGAGAUCUCACCAUACCUCCCAAGAAGCUCCCUUGAAUCACAUGUCCCGUACACCAUCCUCAGGUCAAUCUACACCCAAUACUACUCCAACACACCGUCCACACCGCUCUCAACAGCAUCCCCGUACCACUCUCCAUCCGUAUCACUCAUCCACGCUUCUCCCUCCAUGAAAAACUCCACCACUCCCCAGCGUGGUAGUGGUAGCGGCAGUAGCUCCGCAGCUGCCCCAGAUUCAGGGUACUUCAAAGGCUCAUCAUCUUCACUAUACGGUCAGGAACACUACAACGAACCCGAAACUGGAAACUCAAGAAACAAUGAGAACAACAACAACAAACAAAGGGGGAGUUCUCGUCGUUCUGGACCAUUGGAUUACAGCUCGAGCCAUAAAGGAGGGUCAGGAUCAAACAGCACAGGUCCUAGUCCUCUUCCCAGGUUUGCUGUCUCAAGAUCUGGUCCCAUCUCAUAUAAGCAGCAUAACUAAGUAACAACAACAACACUGCCACAUUCAACAAUAGAGACAAAUUUGUUUCUUUUUCCAAAAAAAAAAAAGACAUUCAUGUAGAGAGAUUAGAUUUGUACAAAUCCCUCGCAACAGACUUGUUAUGUCUUGGAUUGUAAUUCACAACUCGGGUAAUUUCAUAAUUCUGUUAUUUACGUAAAUCAAUAUCAUUUAUAAUCAAGGUUGAA